AUGUACGGCUGUCGAUGUCUCCAAAAAGAUCAAACCAAACAACUGCUCACCUCGCUUACAAAUGGAAUUCCAGUCAAUGCAAAUCGACCGAUAUGGAAAUCUUUUGUUAGGGAACAACCAACAUUAUCGAACAAUUUACAGAGCAAGAUCCAAUACCUCAAGGAAUGGCUUGCAACACUGACUCUUGACACUCCUACAGUACCCCCAACAACCACUACAACUACCACUUCGAGACCUCAAACUACAGAAGAUCCAGUCGCUUUGCCAUUCGACGAAGCAGCUGUUGGAAAUAAUGUUUUCCUGAAGUUGGCCUACAAGAUGAUGGCUAAGUAUUUCAAGAAAUUCCGCGGCGAAUGGACAAUUCUCGACCGUUUCGAAUGUAUUUGUGAUGGAGAUCUCAUUGAACUUCUCAAAUCGAAAACAUUUAUCAAUAUUCAAGUCGCACAUGAUUAG